AUGGGCAUCGUACAAUAUCUCCAAGUCGUGCUGUUUGUAUUCAAUUUGACCCUCUCCACUGGGGCACAGAAAAAAGUAACUUGUCAAAACUUCAAGUUUGCUACCGAUGACGAUGUCAUCCAUAACCAAAUUCUUGAGGGUCACUUGUUUAAAAGAUUGACAGUCCCAAACGCCAUCCAGUGUCACUUGAAGUGCAAAGAUGACUGCCUGUGUGUAUCCAUGAAUUAUUUCCCUCUGUCCAAAGAAAACAAUUGUGAGCUCAACGAAGCUAACAAAGACAUGGAGCCAGCGGCGAUGAAAUGUAGGCAAGGGGGAAAUUAUUAUGAUUUGGUGAGAAGCUACACGGUGAAGGUGAGAUAAGAUUAUUUAUCUAAUGUUUUACUCAUUGAUUUAUGAACUUUCGUAAACAAAGUAAAUAUCCCAAGAUGUUCAAGUUCGUAAAUAAAAUAAAUAUUUCCACAUGAUCAAGUUUUGCGGUACUCCUUAAAAAAAAAGGUCUGUUAUAUGUCAGUCUGGGCUAAAGACAAUUUUGUGCAUAUCGUUUUGUCUGCGAUAUGAUUGGUCUAGACAAAACCAAAACAAACUGAUUUGGCUAAGAGAGGAUUGGGUUCAUUGUCUUUCUCGCAAACUUUUUUCUUAACGGCCAUGUUGUAAUGCGAAGGGAACGGCAGAACAGAAGCGACUACAAAUUUCAUAAAGACAUCACUGACUUAACCAUUGCUGUAUCACUGCAUUUCAAAUCUAAUUUUGAGGGACAUUUCAUCUCCAUUCUGGCACCCCGCUAUGUGUUGCACGCAUACGUACUUUGCUCGCACUGUUUGUUAUCAAUUCGAUCCGAUUCCGGUGAGAUUUGUCGAUAGUUGCUAAAAAGUACAUGCCAACCCAAUUCGAUGAGCAUGGUGAGCUAAAAAAUUAUUUUAAUCUUGCUGUAGGGUGGAGACAGAUACACGCCAGAGCAGCAUCAUUGCAUCAACAGAUGCUGCCGCACCAAUCCUUGUCUCAAUGGAGGGGUAUGUCAGGAGAUUUGUGACACUCACAGCACCAGGUUUAACUGUACCUGUCCUGACACAUACUCUGGUCAGCGGUGUGAGAAGAAGAUGAAACAUCCGAGAAGCUGCAAAGACAUAGCUAAGAACGGUGCCUCGACAUCAGGAAAAUACGACAUCUAUAAUUCAGACAAUGAACGGUUUUCUGUUUACUGUGACUUGCAGUCUGAACCUGACUUUGUAUGGACGUUAAUACAAUCGUUUUCCUUUUCCAAGAAAAAUGCCUUCAAUUAUGCAGGGUUUGGCAAAAAUCUUGAGAUUGAUAUUGAAGAGGAGGAAGUAAAUUGGAACGAGUUCCGAUUAUCCUUAUUACAGAUGCAGUAUCUUGCUAAUCACUCCACGCAUCUGAGAGCAACUUGUAACUUUUCUACGGAUGGUCUGCAGUAUACGGACUACGCACGCGCUAAGCUGGCAGGUCAUGACAUUUUUGGUACCUGGGACACCUGCCAGAUGUACGAAUAUGUCAAUAUCCGAGGAAUCUAUUGUUCUAAUUGCACCGCCCGCACAAAACAGAGGGAAGAUAAGUCCUGGCACAUAAAGAGUUACAACAGCGUAAAAUUCGGAUGUGAAUUUGAUGGAAAACCAGGUGGAGUCUCCGAUGAAAAAAAUUUCGGAAAAUUUGACGAAAAUUUCAUAAAUCCGGAUCACCGCUGCUCGUUUUCUCCUGCUUCUACAACGCAGCAUUGGUUUGGAGCUAAAUAUGACGAGUAACUUUUUGCGAAUUUAUUUCCUUUCACAGAAGAGGAAAGACAGCCAACUGAAAGUAGGAAAACAUCGGAGCUAGGCUAAGAACUAACAAUGACAUCAAGUGCCUCAAAGUUUGGUCCAAUUAGGAGUUGAACUUGAACUAAACGUUUAAUAUUUCAGAUAGUUACACUGACCCUUUAUCAUAUAGGAAUGCAGACAUGCACAAGAGUGACGUCAUAAGCAACCUUAGACCUUAGAUACACAGCGUCCAUAUUUCAAUAAUUGAAGAAAUUAGGCGGUCUCUGACCUCUUUACCUGCACUUUCAUCUUUUCAUGUAAUGUUCAAUAGAUAAUACACUUACAUCUUAAAAGUGAAAGGUCGAUAAAAUUCGCCUUUUUUUAUAUUCAUCUUUGAAAACACAUUCAGAGCUCACCAUUAGUUGAUUUAUGCAAAUUAUUUUCAAGCAAGUGAGUAACCGUAAGUUGAAAUGCUUGUGUUUAGAUUCAGAGAUGUUUAAAUACCUCCGUACGCUAUUAAUUUAAUAAUGACAUGUUUUGUCGUCGUAGGGCGACAUUUCUUGACUCGGUCAAUCAACCGUUUUCUCUUAACUUUUACUUUACUUUUCUUUUUUUCGAAAAUUAGCUUCGGCUUCGUUAGUUUGAUCAUUUGUAAAACCAAGCUUUAAGUUUAGGUUUCUUGAUUUCGCUUUAAAAAUCCGUACAGUGAGGAGAAAUGGUAUUUACUUAGUGGCAGUGAUAUUAGUAAUUUCUCCUUGGUGAUAUUAGGGACUCGAUACAUAACUGUGAAAAUCCCUCAACAGCCUCUCUUUGACAAGGACUAAGGUACUUAAGUGCUUCGUUAGGAUCACUGCUUACUUAAUAACAUUGCACAUUUGUUCUUAGAACAAUUUUUGAAAUGUUUAAAAUGUAGGAGAUGAAGUAGGUAUAGUUGUCGGAGCAGGUGUUUGUCAAGAGAAGCACCAGUGAAGUGUAAACGUCAUUCAGGAUUGUUGUACAUAAUGUGAGACAUCAUCUUAUUUUCCCCUCAAAAAAGGUAUUCGAAUUGCGCGGCCAAAGUACCAUUUGACAAAAAAACCGCUGACGUCACUUUAGAACAUAAAAUCGAAUUCAGUCGAAUUCGGCAACGAGGGCGAUAUUGAGCUGGUGCCCCGGCUCUGACCAGCAAAGCUGUCACAAUAGAUCGUUCCGGCACCGGGCAUAGAAUGUUUCAGUUCCCGAACGAUCCACAUUGUGAGAAGAAAAUGGGUGAAAUUUGUCUGCAGACAAAGACACGAUCGUAACGAUCCAACUUGGCCGUAAACGUCGCUUUGUUGGGCAAAUUUUGAAGAAUUAUGCUAUGAGCGAAACUUGUCCAUGUUAAACAGCAUGAUGGAGACCCAAGGGAUGGAUAUGAAGUGCUUUUUGAGAAACGACACUGUGCCAACCAGGGACACUACUUUUGUGCGUGGUGUAAAUUAAGUUUGAGUAUUUCUGUACCGUUUCCUUAAAUUGUUUUCUAUUUUUUCUCUUUGCGUACUGAUACUGCUUAAAAAAGUCAUUCCAAACAUUCAGCUUCUUUAAUAUACAAAUAACCUAAAAGAAACCCAGUUUAAAUAUCAUUAAAGGUGGCGGAUACAAAAUUAAGGAGGUUGAGUGACGUAAUUUCCAAUGGGACUGUUUCUCAGUUUUUGAACCUUUGCAUUUGUGGACUCCUUUAUAGAGAGUUCAGCCAAAAAUAAAGAGCUGGAGCCGGAUCGACCAUCAUUCAUAAUUCGUGUUCAACUGCCUCUUUUAACUGUAACAAAGUCAAUUCCUCUAUGGAAACGAAGGAAAAUUUUCAAUAGCAAGAGAAUGAGUUUUGUCACUUAGCUGUAAGUAUUUAUAUUUCUGAAUGAAAGACAAUUUAAAGAUUAAAAGGCUAUUGGCGAUCUCCUUUGUCUGUCUCUGGUCUCUACCGCUUCUUGUUGCGAAAUUACUUGUUUUUUAUGUGAUCACUAUUCUAAAGAUAGUUAAAAGACACAUUUCGACGUAUAUCCUUCCACGAAUUUAAAAAAGAAAAAAAAGAAAAAAAAAAGUUAAAGUCCUUUUCUUUUUUAGCUAUUAAGACACUUCUGAGGAGUACUAAAAUAAAAAAAGGGCUAUUCAACUGAAUCACACUCAACUCCUCCUUGGAAACAUACGGAAAUACCGUGGUCAAUUUUUUUCCUUCUAAUUGUGGAGACAAUAAGCUUUGACAUCCAACCGUAAGUAUCGAUCUUUCUCGAUAAAAAACACCUCAUGGCGAGCUCUUUUCAUUGUUUCUGGUCUCUUCUUGUUUAAUUGUUUUGAGUGAUGUAAAGGUGGAAGUAUUUGCCUCAUAUUGAAGAGCAAAGCAAAAAUUGGAAAAGUCAGAGGAGGCAUCCUGGCACAUCAGGGUUUGUGGUAGCAUUGAGAGGGGAUGUGAAUUUGAUGGAGGAGCAGGAGGACUCAUCAACAAGGAAGACAAUUUCGGGGAGUAUGGCUGCAACGAUAGCAAUCAGGAUCACCGCUGCUCGUCUUCGCCUGCUUCCACAACCCAGCACAGGUGUUGAGCUAAAUAUGAUUUAUGACUUUUUGUGGAUUCAUUUUCUUCUUUAAAAAAGGAACCUCAGCCGACAAAAUACCAUUCUGAGAAACCAUUAGAGCAAGGCUAAGAACAAACAAUGACAUAUGUAUGCUUUCAAAUGUGGUCCUCCUCAGGAGUUGAACUUGAACUAAACGUUAAAUAUUUCAGAUGGUUACACUGACUCUUUAUCAAAGAGGAAUGUAGACAAACACAAGAGCUACGUCGUAGGCAACCUUAAGAGGCUGUCUCUCUUAUUUCCACCCGGUCAAUUUUGCGUCAAAAAUAAUUUUGCCUGAAACUCUGUUAACAGAAAGACUUUACCUAGGAAAGAACUAAAUUAGAUUUGGUUUGAUUCGAAAUAAUUUUCUGACUGCAUUACGGGCCAUAAUUAUUUCCCAGUCCGUAGUGACCGUCGCAACGUCUCGAAAAUUGAAAAAUAGGCAUAUUUUGUAACGUUGUAAAAUAUUUGAUUCGCAUAGUUAAGCCACAGAAUUUAUAUCAGAUUGCUUAAAAACCUUUCUAGUUUGCCAAGAAAGUUAGAAUUUGCCCUCUCAGCAUAUUUGAAAAGGCGAAUUUUAGCAUAUUCUGACCACUAGAAAUCGCCAUCGGCCGAUGGCCGUAAAUAACUUUGAUUUAGACGCUAAGUUUUGGGAUUUGGCACCUGGUUGACGAUUCUAUCCAACACAGCCCUAAGUUUAGACCUUCAUAGGCAAAAAUAUGCAAAAACCCCUGUACGUUUUCGAUUUUUCAAAAGUUAUGACCGUUUGAAUCAGCACAUGUACAAGCAUUCGCGAUUUUUUCGCCUACACCAAAAUCGAACCACUGGAGCAGAUUUUGUCAUAAAUACAGCUUACCCGCUUUGCAGCCCGGCUUCAUGGCUCACUUCAGAAUUUUUCUAAUAACCAAAUUGGUGAAAUCCAUGAUAACUUCAACAAAUAGCUAGGUAUUACCUUCGAAAAGUAGGCGGCAUCCAUCGUGAUUUGUGGUAUUAAAACAAAUGCCCGAAUUGGCCACAUUUCGCGGUGAAUCACCCAUUUAACAUCGCUGCAGAGCUUAAUUUUUUCCAAAAUCAGAAUAUAAACUCUCCAUGGCUGGAAGCUGAGGGAGAAAUGAAGGUUUUAGGCUUUUGAAGUGAAGAAAUAAUCGCUUAAAUUAAGAUCCAGUUCGAUGUUAUACUGUUCUCACAAAGGUCCGCACAAAAGAGAAGACCGCUGAUAGCUUGUGCCGUACGUUGUGCCAUAUGGUUUUGUUUUGUAUCCCAAAGUAAUAUUUUGGCAGAAAAAUUUUGGAUGAAAAGAAUAAAUGCUUUUAGCUGGAGUUUGAUAUCAUAUAAUUAAUAAAUCAAUUUCAAAUAUCCUGAGCUUGCUUCUUUCGGUUCCGCGUCGAUUGUGUCCACAGAACAGCAACCUGUCAAUAGCCACGUAUAAGGAUAAGGGGUUUGGCACAGAUUUUCCUGUGAAUGACAAUAACAAUGAACCGGACUGGAACUCUUACCGCCUUUCCUUAUCACAUAUGCAGUCUCUCUCAAAUCACUCCACUUAUCUGAGAGUAACAUGCAACUUACCUGCAGAUGGCCUGCAGUAUACGGACUACGCACGCGCAGUUCUGGCAGGUCAUGACAUAUUCGGUGACUGGGGUGGAGAUUGCAAACUUUUUGAGUAUAUUAACAUCCGUGGAAUUAACUGUUCUGAUUGCACCGCCUACACGAGAAUGGCUCUUAAUGGUGCUUAG